AUGGGGCCGCUGGCGGGGCGGGCGCCGCGUAGGGACCGAGCGGAGCUGUCCGUGGUGCUGAGCACCGGGAGCGGACAGACAGCGCCGGGAGCGGACAGACAGCGCAGACAGAGCCGGGAGCGGACAGACAGCGCCGGGAGCGGACAGACAGCGCCGGGAGCGGACAGACAGAGCCGGGAGCGGACAGACAGCGCCGGGAGCGGACAGACAGAGCCGGGAGCGGACAGACAGCACAGACAGCGCCGGGAGCGGACAGACAGCACCGGGAGCGGACAGACAGCGCAGACAGAGCCGGGAGCGGACAGACAGCGCCGGGAGCGGACAGACAGCGCCGGGAGCGGACAGACAGAGCCGGGAGCGGACAGACAGAGCCGGGAGCGGACAGACAGCGCCGGGAGCGGACAGACAGCGCCGGGAGCGGACAGACAGCGCCGGGAGCGGACAGACAGCGCCGGGAGCGGACAGACAGAGCCGGGAGCGGACAGACAGAGCCGGGAGCGGACAGACAGCGCCGGGAGCGGACAGACAGAGCCGGGAGCGGACAGACAGAGCCGGGAGCGGACAGACAGAGCCGGGAGCGGACAGACAGCACAGACAGCGCCGGCAGCGGACAGACAGCGCCGGGAGCGGACAGACAGCACCGGGGGCCGGAGGGGACGGGCGGGAGCGGGGAGGGGACACCAGGGACGGUCCCAGUUCGGGGGACGGGCAAUGGGACCCCCGCACUGCCACCCGUGGGAUCAGCAGGUCCAGGUAGGCCCCGGAGACGAGGUCGCGCUCCCCGACGCCGAGCUCCCGCAGCAGCUCCCGCGCCAGGCGCUGCCCGUCCUCCUCGCUCUGCUCCGGCCGCAGCACCACCUGCGCCACCCGGGGCCACCCGGGGCCACCCGCCGUCACCCGGGGCCACCCGCCGUCACCCGGGGCCAGCCGGGCUGCCACCCGGGCUGCCACCCGCCGGUGUCCCCUCACCUCCAGCUCCAGGAAGUCCCCGAGCCCCUGCACGCGGUCCAGCUUGAGCCGCCCCCGCGGCACCCGGAAGAACGUGUCGGUCUGGAGCAGCACCUGCCCGGCCCCGGGACACACCGGGAGCGGCUCCUGCCCCUCACCCGUGCCCGGCCCGGCCCCGGGACACACCGGGGGCGGCUCCUGCCCCUCACCCGGCCCGGCCGCGGGGCGCUCCUGGAGCGGCUCCUGCCCCUCGCCCGUGCCCGGCCCGGCCCCGGGACACACCGGGGGCGGCUCCUGCCCCUCGCCCGGCCCGGCCGCGGGGCGCUCCCGGCCCGGCGGGCGCAGCCCCCUCAGCCUGAGGGCCGCCCCCAGCGCUGCCUCCCGCGCCCUCAGCCGCGCCUUCACCUCCACGUUCCGCCGCAUCCCGCCGAGCGCGCCCAUUGGCCGCCGCGCACGCGCCGCCCCCCCCGCGCCGCCUUCCCAUUGGCCGGCCGAGCCGUCAAUCGGCGAGCCGCGUUGCUAUUGGUUAGAAGCCGUGCGGGUCCCGCCCCGGCCGAGCGGGACGGGGCGGCUGCCACCAUGGCGGCGGCGGAGGCGGCGGGGGGCGCGGACGGCGAUGUCCCCGCGGGCGGCGAUGUCCCCGCGGGCGGCGAUGUCCCCGCGGACGGCGAUGUCCCCGCCGCCACCCGCCUGCAGGCCUACGCCUGGUGCCGCGAGUUCCUGGCCGGCUCCUGGAAGCUCAUCGGCCCGGACGAGUUCGGCAUCUGGCCCCUCAGCGGGGGGCUCAGUAACCUGCUGUACAAGUGCUCGCUGCCCGAGCACGUGCCGAGCGUGGGGGACGAGCCCCGGCAGGUGCUGCUGCGCGUCUACGGGGCCCAUCCUGCAGGUGAGGGGACAGCCACACCCCAAACCCCCCCCCGGGACCCCACGGACCCCACAGGGAUCCUGCUGGGUUUGGGGGCUGGGGCCAUCCUGCAGGUGGGGCAGCGGACAACACCCCAAACCCCCCGGGGACCCCACGGGACCCCCCGGGACCCCACGGGGAUCCCUGGGAUCAGGGAUCCUGCUGGGUUUGGGGGCUGGGGCCAUCCUGCAGGUGAGGGGACAGCCACACCCCAAACCCCCCGGGGACCCCACGGGACCCCCCAGGAUCGGGGAUCCUGAUGGGGUUGGGGGCUGGGGUCAAGGGUUCCAGGGCCAUCCUGGCGGGUGAGGGACAGCCACACCCCGUGGGGACCACCGAGACCCCAAACCCCGUGGGAAAUCCUGAGACCUCCCCCAGCCCCUUGGGACCCCCCCACCCUG